AUGAGUGGAACUAAUAUUUUAAUGAAUUGUUCUACACUUGCAAUUCAUAUAUUUUCUAUGGUUAUUUCAUUGAUUAUUCUUGGUCUUAUUGUUUAUCGUUUCCAUUAUAAUAAAUUAUAUCGACGUCAAAUUCAUAUUCAAAUUUCAUCAUCACCUUUCGAUGAUCAAAUUUCAUUAAUACUUAUUGGUAAUACAUAUCUCGUCUUUUCUAUUUACCAUCUAGCAUGGCUUUCAAUUAUUUUUCGUACAUUUAUUGGAGAUUUUUCUCUUUUAAAAGAUCACUUCUAUCUCGGUGAUUCAAAACUUUGUCGAAUACAAGUUGGUAUUAUUUUUUUCUUAACAAGUCAAAUGUAUCAUAGUUUCUUAUUACAAGCAUUAUAUCGUCUUUUUAAAAUUAUUUCCAUGUCAAGAUUAACUCCAAUAAAACUUUUUCAAAUGUCAUUAAAUAAUAUUCCGAUUUAUAUUCUAAUGAUUAUUUUCAGUUGGUUAAUAUCAUUUCUUGUUUUAAUUCCAGCAUAUACAACAUUUCAUGUUUUUUCAUAUUUUCCUCAACAAUAUCAUUGUCUUAUCUCAUUUACACAUAUCAAAGGUUUUAUUUAUUCACUUCUUGUCUGUUAUCUUAUACCAGUAUGUUUAAUAUUAUAUAUUUAUUUUCAUCUUAUUAUGUAUAUUCGUCGAUUACCUAAUUGUGGUAUUUUAUUACAAACAAAACGUGAAAUAACUAUUAUAAAGUUUAUUUUGAAGAUUUGUUUAGUAAUGAGUAUUCUUGGUUUUCCUACACUUUUCUUUUUAUUUCAAUUUAUUAUUACUGGUGAAAUGCAUCCAUUUGCUGAUCGAAUUCAUGAACUAUGUGUAUCUAUAAAUGCACUCGGCUUUACAUUCGGUUUCUCAAUUCUCAAUUCAUUUACUCAACUUUUACCUCCACUGUCAGCUGAUGAGGAUAGUAGUAUGAUAAACUUACGAAGUGUCAUCACUUAA